UUGAUGUGUUGUACGCAGCUGAUACGAUUUCAUCAGUUUAUAUGAGAAACCCCAGAUCGAAGUGGAGUGAAACAACCCAACGAGAUACGAGGUCGCUGCUGAUCAACCUUUAACGUCAGUCAGCCCGCCGGGUCACCCAACACAAUAGUACAAAAGCGCCGGAUCCUGACCCCAGUUAGUGGAAGUGGAUGAGCUCUACAAGGGGGGACAGAAAUAACUUCUGAAGACAAUAAAGAAACUUUUGAAAGAAAGUAAAUCGUUUGAAUUCCAAAACCGAUCAUGACGAAGAUACUCAGAGCGUGCAACUUGUUCAAAUCCAUUAAGCAUGGCAUUACAACCUGCAAGCUUGCACAGCGACCAGUAUGGAGCUUGGAGAAAGCAGGAGUCAGAUUAUACACCGUCAAGGCACAAACAGCACAACUGAUUCUUGAUGAUGGGACAAAAAUGGAAGGAAUAUCCUUUGGCUACCCUCAUUCGACUGCAGGAGAGGUCGUGUUCAACACUGGGUUGGUCGGCUAUCCUGAGACCUUGACAGACCCAAGCUACAGAGGACAGAUCCUGACACUCACGUCACCCAUGGCUGGAAACUAUGGGGUUCCAGAUACAAAGAAAUUGGAUGAAUUGGGUUUAAUGAAAUACGUAGAGUCUGAAUUUAUCCAGGUGUCAGGAUUACUUGUGCAGGAUUACAGCCAUGAAUACAGCCACUGGAACUCUGUUAAGUCACUUGGCGAGUGGCUGUAUGAAGAAAAGAUCCCUGCCCUUUAUGGGGUAGACACCAGGAUGCUUACAAAGAUCGUCCGGGAUAAGGGAACAAUUCUCGGUAAAAUUGAAUUUGAAGGUGAUCCAGUAGAAUUUGUAGAUCCCAAUCUGCGAAACCUAAUGGCAGAACUAUCAACCAAAGAAAUAAAAAUCUAUGGCAAAGGGAAUCCAAUCAAAGUCGUUGCAGUGGACUGUGGCAUAAAACACAACAUCAUCCGACUUCUUGUCAAGAGAGGAGUUGAAUUACACUUGGUACCAUGGAAUUAUGAUUUUAUUAACAUGGAAUACGAUGGACUCUUUCUAUCCAAUGGCCCAGGAGAUCCCACAUUAGCUGGACAGCUGAUUGAAAACUUGCACAAGGUGAUUAAGAGCAAUCGCUCGGAGCCGAUAUUCGGGAUCUGUAUGGGAAACCAGCUGACUGCACUGGCUGUUGGAGCAAACUGCUACAAGCUGCCCAUGGGAAACAGAGGACAGAACCAGCCUGUGCUGAAUGUAAUGAAUGGCCAGGCGUUCAUCACAGCCCAGAACCACGGAUAUGCCAUUGAUAGCAGCACUCUUCCGGAUGGAUGGAAGCCCAUGUUCGUUAAUGCCAACGAUGGGACCAAUGAGGGAAUUGUUCAUGAGAGCAAGCCUAUCUUUACUGCACAGUUCCAUCCAGAGGCCAAAGGAGGACCAACAGAUACUGAGUUCCUGUUCGAUGCUUUCAUCUCACUGAUAAAGAAGGGUAAAGGUACCAGCAUUGCUUCUGUCAUGCCUCCUGUACCCUCUGCCCCCAAAAGGCUGGAGGUUUCCAAGGUUCUGGUCUUGGGUUCCGGAGGCCUCUCCAUUGGCCAGGCUGGCGAGUUUGAUUACUCGGGAUCACAGGCUGUCAAAGCUUUGAAGGAAGAAAAUAUCAAAACUGUAUUAAUGAACCCGAACAUUGCAUCGGUGCAGACGAACGAAGUGGGAACAAAGCAGGCAGACACUGUUUAUUUCUUACCUGUCACCCCGGAGUUUGUGACUGAUAUUAUUAAAACCGAGAAGCCAGAUGGGAUACUGCUAUCCAUGGGAGGGCAGACCGCCCUGAACUGCGGUGUGGAACUGUACAAACAGGGGGUGCUGGACAAGUAUGGUGUCAAAGUGCUGGGAACCCCCAUCACCUCCGUCAUGGCCACCGAGGACAGGCAGCUGUUUGCGGACAAACUGCUAGAAAUAAAUGAGAAAAUAGCUCCGAGCUUUGCAGUUGAGACGCUGGAGGACGCCUUCCAAGCAGCAGAGAAGAUUGGAUAUCCUGUCAUGGUGAGAUCUGCCUAUGCACUUGGUGGCCUUGGUUCUGGUCUGUGCAACGACAAAGAAAAACUUACCGAAAUUGCCAGUAAAGCUUUGGCAAUGACCAACCAGAUCCUGGUGGAGCAGUCGCUGCUGGGCUGGAAAGAGGUGGAGUAUGAGGUGGUCCGAGAUGCUGCUGACAACUGUGUGACUGUGUGCAACAUGGAGAACUUUGACCCCUUGGGAAUCCACACAGGAGACUCUGUGGUUGUAGCCCCGAGCCAGACCCUGUCCAAUGAAGAGUACCACAUGCUGCGUGAAACUGCGAUCAAGGUGGUGCGUCACCUAGACAUUAUAGGGGAGUGUAACAUCCAGUAUGCCUUGCACCCUGCCUCCCUUGAGUAUUGCAUCAUUGAAGUCAACGCCCGGUUGUCCCGCAGCUCAGCUCUGGCGUCGAAGGCCACAGGAUAUCCACUGGCCUUUGUGGCUGCUAAGUUGGCCCUUGGCAUCCCCCUGCCUGACAUCAAGAAUGCUGUUUCAGGGAAGACGACAGCAUGCUUUGAACCCAGCCUGGACUACAUUGUAACCAAGGUUCCUCGGUGGGACUUGGACCGUUUCCAUGGAGCCUCGCGAGAGAUUGGCAGCUCUAUGAAGAGUGUUGGGGAGGUAAUGGCUAUUGGCCGCACGUUUGAAGAAAGCUUCCAGAAGGCUCUAAGGAUGUGUCAUCCAUCCGUGGAAGGCUUUGUUCCCCGUCUCCCCAUGAAGAAGUCCUGGUCUGCUGAUUUUGACCUGCAGAAAGAUCUCUCUGUCCCAUCCAUAAACCGCAUCUACUCCUUGGCAAAGGCAUUACACAGUGGUAUCUCAGUGGAUGAGAUCUACGACCUGACUGCUAUCGACAAGUGGUUCCUCUACAGACUUAAGCAGAUCGUCACUUUGGAGAAAGAACUGUACAAACACAACAGUGAAACCAUCUCUGAUGCACUGCUAUUAAAGGCAAAACAAGAUGGGUUUUCAGACCGCCAGAUUGGAAACUGCAUUGGUCUCAGUGAACUUGAUGCAAGGAAACUGAGGAUAUCGAGGAACAUCAAACCACAGGUUAAGCAGAUUGACACCCUGGCUGCAGAGUACCCAGCUAUUACCAAUUACCUCUACUCCACGUACCAUGGACAGGAGCAUGACUUGGAUUUCAACGAUCAUGGAAUAAUGGUGCUGGGAUGUGGACCAUACCAUAUUGGCAGCAGCGUGGAAUUUGACUGGUGUGCCGUCUCCAGCAUCCGCACCCUGCGGCAGCUCGGCAAGAAGACGGUGGUCGUAAACCACAAUCCUGAAACCGUCAGCACUGAUUUUGAUGAGUGUGACAGGCUCUACUUUGAGGAGCUCUCACUGGAAAGAAUCCUGGACAUCUAUGAACAAGAGGAUUGCAAAGGGUCCAUUAUUUCAGUGGGUGGGCAGAUUCCAAACAAUCUGGCCCUCCCCUUGUACAAGUAUGGUGUGAACAUCCUGGGCACCAACCCAAAGCAGAUUGACCGGGCCGAGGACCGCUCCGCUUUCUCUGCGGUGCUUGAUGAACUCGAGGUGUCCCAGGCCUCGUGGACAGCCGCUCAUACCCUGGAAGACGCACUGUCCUUUGCGGAGUCUGUCGGAUACCCCUGCCUGCUGAGGCCAUCUUACGUCCUAAGCGGCUCAGCAAUGAAUGUGGCGCACGACGCCGGUGAGAUGAACAGAUUUCUGGCGGAGGCUGCCCGUGUGUCUCAGGAACAUCCCGUUGUCAUCACUAAAUUUGUUGAAGGUGCCCGAGAGGUUGAAGUUGAUGCUGUUUCAAAGAACGGAAAGGUACUGGCUCAUGCCAUCACCGAGCAUGUGGAAGAUGCUGGUGUUCAUUCUGGAGAUGCCACACUCAUUCUCCCAACCCAGAACAUCAGCCAGGGAGCCUUGGAGAAGGUGAAGAUGGCAACCCGGAAGAUAUCCCAAGCAUUUGAGAUCUCUGGUCCAUUCAAUGUCCAGUUUCUUGUCAAAGGAAAUGACGUGAUGGUGAUUGAGUGCAACCUCAGGGCAUCCAGGUCCUGUCCCUUUGUAUCAAAGACCAUUGGAGUCGAUCUCAUCAAUGUGGCGACCCGGGUGAUGAUUGGAGAGAGCUUGGAUGAGACGGGUUUGCCAUCGCUGGAGAACCCCAUCAUACCGACCGACUAUGUGGGCAUUAAGGCACCCAUGUUCUCCUGGCCCCGGCUGAGAGAUGCAGACCCAGUCCUGCGGUGUGAGAUGGCGUCUACCGGAGAGGUUGCCUGUUUUGGGCCAAAUAUUUAUUCUGCGUUCCUGAAGGCAAUAUUGUCCACCGGCUUCAAAAUGCCCCAGAAAGGAAUCCUUAUUGGAAUUCAGAGCUCCUUCCGAUCAAAGUUCCUGGACACAGCGGAGCAGCUGCAUGCGCAAGGAUACAAGCUUUAUGCCACAGAAGGGACGUCUGCCUGGUUAAACGCCAAUGAUGUUCCAACAGGGCUUGUGUCGUGGCCCACAGCAGAAGACCACAGCUCCAACAUCCCUUCCUUCACCAAAUUGAUCCAUGAUGGGGUCAUUGACCUAGUGAUCAACCUGCCCAACAACAACACACGCUUCAUGAGAGAGAACUACCUGAUCCGUAGAAUGGCCAUUGAUCAUGGAGUGCCCCUCAUCACCAACUUCCAGGUGGCGAAGCUGUUUGCCGAAGCCAUUAAGCACUGUGGGAAGCUGGACUCCACCAGCCUGUAUCACUACCGAGAGAACAGCGUGAUCAGAGGACUGCAGUGAGCUGGGGGUCCGCGGACACCUCCAUCCUCCCCACGUGUACAAAGCUGGAUCUCCAAUACGAGCUACAUGAGAUUUGUCUGUAACAAAUUUGAAUAAAGAGACUUCACUGUUACCUCAACAUCCCCAUUACUCAGCCUUUAGAGGUUUAAUCACUAUGUAAUCAACUCCUGGCUGUUUUCACUUCUGUUGGGCAUUCAGUGGGCCCAGGGGCUGCAUGCCUCUGACCUAUCAGGGAUUCUCUUGUGCCCUUUGACCUCUUGCCUGCCCUUCUCAGCGCAUACUGUGGUAAACUGCAGCUCUGCGGUCCCAAACUUCCUGUCAGUUGUGAGGGUGCCUCCCUCCUCCUGUGCUGGUUCCCUGCUGCCUGUUAGUGCUGCUGGCCGGCAGCCCCCCCCCCCCCCCCGUCAUGUGCCCAUGGUGAUCAGAAGGUAAGAUAGCCGGGGCAAUCGUUGCUCCCGAGUGCCAGGCCCAUGCAUGUAUCUAGCCUGCCACUGCCAGCAACAGUCCUAUACCUGGAGAUGGCCAUCCAAGCUCCUCCCUCCCGCCCUCCGCUUUCCUGAAGAAAAAGGGCACCAUUUGUGGAUGUGCAGCGUUCACUCUUGGGUCUUACUCAACCCCUGGCAGCUCGUACUCAGACAACCUCAGUGGGAGCGGGGCCGAUGGGGCCCCGAGGUAGGACUGGACCAUCCCCAGAGAGCACUGAUUCUGGGCUUCACUGGCUUCUGGGCUGUGCUCACGUUGACCUUUUCCCUGCUAUUGUGCUCCAGUGCUGUGCACCGUGCAGUGAGCAGGGCCACCAGAUACAGUUCUUUGCAUAGUGCUUUGUGAUCAGUCCACUCUGCUGUAAAUCCAGGCAAUUCUUUGUAAGCUAACUCAACACAAAUAAAUCAUUCUUUAAUUAAAACUAA